CCUGGUCCAAGUCGGGCCGCGAGAAGAUGCGGCUGGGCGAGGCCGGCGUGACGGACCAGGUCCUGGACGCUGCCAUGCAGGCCUUCAUACUGGAGGUCAUCGCCAAGCACGGCGAGCCCGCCCGCUACCUGUGCAACAAGGACCCUUUCACCUUGAAGUCGUCCGUCUACCUGUCCAGACUGUUUCCCAACUCCAAAUUCCUCCUCAUGGUCCGAGACGGCCGCGCGUCCGUCCACUCCAUGAUCACGAGGAAGGUGACGAUCGCGGGCUUUGACCUGAACAGCUACCGCGACUGCCUCACCAAGUGGAACAAGGCCAUCGAGGUGAUGUACGCGCAGUGCCUGGAGGUGGGGCGCUCCCGCUGCCUGCCCGUGUACUACGAGCAGCUGGUGCUGCACCCCGAGCAGUCCAUGCACGCCAUCAUGCAGUUCCUGGGCAUCUCCUGGAGCGACGCCGUGCUGCACCACGAGGAGCUCAUCGGCAAGCCCGGCGGGGUGUCUCUGUCCAAGAUAGAAAGAUCGACAGACCAGGUGAUCAAGCCUGUGAACCUGGAGGCGUUAUCCAAAUGGAUCGGCCACAUCCCGGGCGACGUUCUGCAGGACAUGGCCCACAUAGCGCCGAUGCUCGCCCGGCUGGGCUACGACCCGUACGCCAACCCGCCCAACUACGGCAACCCGGACCCCUUGGUGGUCAACAACACGCACAGGGUUCUGAAGGGGGAUUAUAAAACACCAGCCAAUUUGAAAGGCCACCUUCAGGUGACUCAGAAUACAUCGUCCUUUCACUAAAAAAUUAAUGAUUUCCAGAAAGCUGCAAAGGGCCUUACAUUGUCCGGCAAGGAAGAGUUUGCAGCCGCAGAAGCGGAAAUCUGUUCUCCAAGCAUAUUGCUUGCUAAUACUAUUGCCAAAAGGACUGCUCCACGAGGAAUGUAUUUGCAUUUAUUUGCAAAGGCCAAACAUUUUACACUUCCAGCACCAGUGCCCACCCUUUCCCGAAUGCUCCGUGGUGAAGAACAUCUGUGGA